UUUUCUCUUAGCCAAGCGUGCGUCCUUAACAUUUCUCGUCCUUAACAGCUCUCGUCACCUGCAAACGUCGUUCAUCGUCAACCGAAAUAUUUAAUGAUAAAUCAAUGACUAUGAGCGCUUAUAAAAUCAAUUCGCCGAGAGUGCACGAUCGCGACCGCCUCGUGGGUGGCGCGGACGUUUCUGAAGAACCUGCAGCUAAAUCUGAAGUGGAACCUGCGAUUGCUGUGCCGGUUGUACCGGAACUUGAUACCGAAGUGUCAGAUAUACCACUACCAUCCUCAGAUCUUCCGCCUACACCCGUAGACGAUACCGUGCAACCGGCAGCUAAAGUGAAAGACCCCGAAAACAAGCAGUCUCUUCCUGCAAGUGGCCCCUGCUGCGUCUGCAUUUCACGGACACCAGGAUUAGUCGGGUGAACCAAUCAAGAUACUUUACGCGUGUUAAUUGUCUCGGGCGAAAUUUCUAUUAAAACCUCCCGCUUAUAUACAUAGAGAGGUAGUAGCAACGAUAAUGUUGUCGCCAUUGGUAAGUCGCCAUGAAUAAAAUAUCGUUAUCAUCUGUGCAAUUCGCUUUGGUAGGGCCAGGGACAGGAAGGUAGAUGAAAUAAUCGAAUACGUGCAUCAAAACCUUGAGGAGGCCGUGAGAGCUCUAGCAACUUUAGGCGAGAACUUCGAACACGAUUUAAAGGUUGAGCCCCACAUUCAAGUAGAAUGUCGUAAGACUGUUUCGGCAUCUCGAGGGCGAAGGA